AUGUCAAUACCUACUUCAUCCUCUAGCAGCGCGUUGCUGCCAAAGCUGGUCGCAGUCUCCAUCGCCUCCCUCACAGUCGGCUACUUCGUCGGCAUGGGCCGCUCGCUCCUUUAUUACAACGCCAACUCACGCCGCAUCCUCUCCAAUGACUCCGACGACGAAUCAGACCUUGACCCUGACGAAGAGCUCGCUGCAACUUCUGACAACUACAAGACCUCCGGCUCCGGCUUGGAAGCAGAAGAAUGCAAGAUGAUCCUCGCAGUACGAAUGGACAUCAAGAUGGAGAAGGGCAAGAUUGCGGCACAAUGUGGACAUGCUACGCUGGCCGUGUAUAAGACAGCAAAGAAGUUGACACCUAAGUUCAUUAAGCAGUGGGAGAGGAGGGGGCAAGCUAAAGUAGCGGUCAAGUGUCCUGAUGAGAAGAAGAUGUUGGAGCUGGAAAAGAAGGCGAACGAGUUGGGCAUUGCUGCGAGGAGUAUCAUCGAUGCAGGACGCACACAGAUUGCACCCAAUACAAGGACGGUGCUCGGCCUUGGACCUGCUCCUGUCUCAUUGAUGAACCAACUCACUGGCAACCUCAAGCUUCUCUAG